UGCAUCCACUCAAGAACGACUGCGUCCAGAUAAGUUAUCUGGCGACAUCACCGACGAGAUGGCCACUGUCCCGCCCAAGUUCCAGCAGUCCUCCGUACCUGCGCAGGAACUACUUCCCUUCGACGAGCGCCAGCCGCCCACGAUUCGACUGUAUCCUCUCAGCAACUACACGUUUGGCGUGAAGGAGACGCAGCCAGAGGAGGAUCCGUCGGUUAAGGACCGCCUGCGACGCCUCGAGGAGCACUACGAGAAGCAUGGCAUGCGUCGGACAUGCGAGGGCAUCUUGGUCUGCCACGAGCACAACCAUCCGCACGUGCUGAUGCUGCAAAUUGCCAAUGCCUUCUUCAAGCUACCUGGGGACUACCUCCGCCACGAUGUCGACGAGAUCCAAGGCUUCAAAGACCGCCUGAACGAACGACUCGCACCCACGGGCUCCCUCGCCGAAUCGACAACCGCCGCAGACCGAGAUUGGAACAUCGCCGAUACCCUCGCGCAAUGGUAUAGGCCGAACUUCGAGACCUUCAUGUAUCCCUUCUUACCGCCUCAUGUGACGCGCCCCAAAGAAUGCAAGAAGCUGUAUCUCAUUCAACUGCCGGAAGGCAAAGUUCUGAGCGUACCCAAGAACAUGAAGUUGUUGGCAGUCCCACUCUUCGAACUGUAUGACAAUAGCCAGAGAUACGGUCCGCAGCUCAGUGCCAUCCCGCAUUACCUCAGCCGCUAUCGCUUCGAGUUUGUCGAUGAGCAAGGCGAAGUCGUGUCUUACACGCCGGGUGGCCCGAUCAACGAGAACGUGAGGACGAAAAUCUUGGCUGGAGGCCAGAACGGAGUUGCGGCCCAAGACGACGCCCCUAAGCAAGAUGAGGAGAUGGCGCAGGCAGCAUGAGGUUGGAGUAUAUUGAAAGAACCCGACAUGAUUUGAGCAAGAGUUGUCUGCACAGAAAUUGUACAGCUCAUGCGGCCAGCUCGUGCAUCUCAACCCGUCGCUUACAGCUCGCGGACGGGAUUCAAUCAGAGCGCACGCGCGUGGCACUCUUCCGCCAGCUUGCACACACCUGACUAGUGCACGCGAGGAAGUCAAGACUGGGGUUCAGAGCGAGACAUGCGAGGCAUGAACAGCUGCGACCCGUCCUGGUCCCGAUGAUCGGCAUUGUCAAACUGCUCCAGGCAGGACAAUAUGCCGCAUUCGAUCCAGUAUGGGCUUGGUAUUACCUCUGUCGUCCUAGGGUACCGAUCUCUUGCUAGCAGUGCCUUGUGUUACCAUGCCGAUCGACAUCGAGCGUGCGCGAGCAACAAAGAAAUCGAUUGACGGCAUUUCAUUGGCAUGUGCCGCUUCGACUCGAUGCACGUCGAUAACAUGCUGCAUUAGCUGCAUGCCAAGAAUCCUCAAAAAUUAUAGCAGACGGCUCGCGAAUCACUAAUCACCAUAUGGCGUCUGUUCUUCUUACAUACGUGCAAACGAAUUACGCCCAGACUAUGAGACUGGAAAUGCAAGAGCUAUACAGUGCUGGUGCUCAAUCGCCGUUCUGUACCUGUGCAACCAGCGACCGUUCAAGCUUGGCGUUUCCCGGUGUUGCUGAGAACACUGCUUCCGGCCACCUGCAGGUACUGCUAUUUCAUAACUCAGUGACCUAAUGGAAACAUGGAUCAUGCAGCAGCGGCUCUGUUCAUGGUAAAGCAGCUCGAAUAAAUCUGGACACGCAAGCCACUGCGAUAUACUGAUGUCGCCACUUCGGAAAUUUCAACCAACCUCCAACGCAGGAACGAAAAGUCGCUCGUAUUCUCGCUCUCUCGGAACGCGCCACGAGAAUUCUUGAAGCCACUGUGCGAUGCGUGCCUGCGACAUCUAGGGUCACGAACAAGCAUGACCGUGGCUUGCCAGGAACGAUACGCACGUGUUCAUGGAAUCCUUCUGGAACUUAUCCUUGACAUCGUUGCAGCUCGUGCCGCAAUCCCGUAUUCCAUAGCGUCGGUAGAGCGACGCACUCCGCAAUUCACAUCCUUCGCUGCUGGUCGGCUCGUCAGUGCCUUAUUCUUGUGCAGAUUUCAAGCGGAAGCAAGGUCUGUGCCGUACGACGUCCCUCAACAUACGCAGAUAUCCGUCAUAAGAGCGGAACAGCUCAGUCGCUUCGAGGUCGCCACCACCUUUUUGCAUCAUAUCAGGCUGCACGCC